AAAGGGUUUGAUAGAGAAAAGUCUAUACAUCUACCUUAGUGGUCAUUAUUAUAACACUUAAUGUGUUAAUAAUAUAAAUUGACUAAUUUUUUAUACUGGAGAUUACGUGGGCUUAGGCAAAACAUUGAUGGUUUGACCUUUUAACCAAUCCAUCAUAAUUUUGGAUUUGCAUUAUCAUGUUGAAAUAGUACUGAAUAUUUGCUGCUAAAUGUCAUUAUUUUUCAACUAUACAAAUCAGGUAAUGAUAUCAGGGACAAGCAAAUCAUGGUGGAUUAUUAAUAAUACUGAUUUAUCACUUCAAAUGAGUAAUCUUCGUAUUUGGCAUUCUUUAAUUGCUGUAAAAAUGUAAAAGAACUUUUUUUAAUUUUGUGUAAAUUAGUGUUGGCCAUGUAAAAUUUUGUAAUGGUUAAAAUCAAAUACAUGUUCAAUUGUAUUUUAAUUUAAAAAAUCGUUAAAAGGAAUGUGUACCUUAUCAGGGAUUUCAUUGAAUGAUUAUUAAUGGCGAAUAAUGAUAAAAUAAUCAGAUAACAGAUAUUAAUCAUUGCUUCAAUAUCCAUAAUUAUGAUAGUCUGCCUUCUAAACAACAUACACUGUGAACAAUGGGGCUUUUAACUGGAUUUAAAGCAAAAUUUAAAAGCGGCCGACAAGAAAAAAAGCACCAUCAAGAUGUCGUAUGUUUGACGUACAAAACAUUCAGCUUCGAUGGUCCACCCGUUGCUUACCACGUUUUAGACGUAGGGCCCUCCAAAACACAGACUAAAGUUUCAGAGAGAAAAUCACUGUCAAGUUCGUUUUUAAAAAACAAAAAUAACCCGAAUAAAGGACCAACUUUUCAAUUUGUAACGUCAGCAACGGCACCCUUAAGUAGCACCUCGACAUUCGAAACAAAAGUUGAAAGGCAAGUUAAUAAUGUGGAGGAAAAAGUCAGUGUGGAAAGAAAGAUUACUAUUAAAAGUGAUAAUAAUGUGGAGGAUGAUUACGAGAGAUUUGAAAUUCACAAUCCUUUACCAGCAAUAGAUAAUUUGUCUGAAAACGACUUUAAAGUCCACAAGUCCCAUACCAGCAUCACUAAUUCAAAUCACAAACAAGAAAUUGACGUAGGAAACUUUAAAAAAGAUGUAGACUCAUCUACUUCUUCCGACAUUGAAGAUGACGACGAUGAUGACGAUGAAGAAAACUUCAAAAUAACCAUUGUGUCUCCAACUAAGAAUACAUCUACAAGCGAAGUAAAUAUUUCUAGUGAUGAUUUUGUUAAUACUCAAGCUUCAAGUCACAUAAACAUAUACGAAAAUAUAAAUGAAGAUUCCGAUGAUGAGGAUCACAAAAAUGAAGAAAUACAAGAGGAUGACGAUGGCAAUUUUAAAAUCCAUUUCGUUCAACAUUCGCAAUAUGCCAAAAAUGAUAAAAAUGGAAAUGGUUCCAAAAAAAUAAAUUUUGUUGAACCCAUUCACAACGAAAUGGAAGAAGAGGAAACACAAGACGAAGAAGACGAAGGCAAUUUUAAAAUCAAUGUCGUGCAACAUCCUCCCUCAAAAACAGUUGACAACUUUGAUAACAGUGAUGAAGAUGAAGAGGACGACGGAAACUUCAAAAUACAGAUUGUCCAAAAGACAAAUAAUAAAAAAGAUGAAUCAGAAAAAUCGGAAGAGGAGGACAAAUUAGAAAAAUAUACUUCGCAAGGAUAUAGUAACCAAGCGGCGAGCAUUUUCUUAGAUAGUGAUGACGAGUACGAACCACAAGUCAUGAGACCAAGACACUUCCAUGAAGAUGAAGAGGAUUGUUAACAAUUUAUAUUAAAUAUGUGAUAUACAAAAAAUAAUUUAUAUUGUAUAAUGUAUGUUGUCAAAUCAGGUAUUAUAAAAUAUUUUAUCAAAUAUGUUUUUUUAUGUAUUUUUGUAUAAAAACAAUG